AUGAAUGACUCGGUGGAAUACUCCUCCCGAAGGUCACCAGUGGUCGGCUCAAAGGCCGGAGCGAGCACUGACCAACCCCUAGCCUCUGCGGCUGCAAUUGAGGUGCUGCAGAAAGGUGGUAAUGCCGCCGACGCCGCCGUGGCCGCAGCAGCCGUGCUUCAGGUUCUUCAGCCUUUCGCCUCAGGGAUCGGCGGUGACUGCUUCUGCAUAUUCUAUAAAGCAGCCGACAAGUCCGUUCAAAGCAUCGACGGAAGGUUGUACAAGUGUUCUUACGUUAUUUUCUUUUUAAGGGCGUUUUUAAAGCAAAUGUUGAUGAUUCCCCUUUUUACCAGUUUAGAGUGGGUAAACGGCUAUGACAAAACCUCUGGCGAAUAUUUCCACCUGCUGAUGGAAGCAUUGAGGCUCGCUAUCGCCGACGGGCUAAGGUGCCUGUCCAGCCCAGAUCCUAGCAGCCUGACGUCGGUGGAUCAGAUGACCUGCAAAAAGCACGCUGAGGACCGUCGUGCUCUCAUAGACAAGACGCGGGCAAUGAACGAGGUUGUGGCUGCAGAUCUUUUGGUCCCUCCACAGUCCCACACCACGUUCCUCAGCACGGUGGACGAGCACGGUAACGCGUGCUCUUUUAUCGGCAGCAACUUCAACACGUUUGGGUGUACCAUUGUUGAACAACACGGCUUCGCGGUACACAACCGAGCCAUGGGUUUUGUGGGAGUGGAAGGACACCCGAACUGCAUUGGCCCACUUAAGAAGCCCUAUCACACAUUGAUGCCGGUGAUGGUUGCGGACAGUUAUUCCGGCGUGUGGGUGGCAAAUAUAGGAUCCAUGGGAGGAUAUCUACAGCCCCAAAUCGUUCUGCAGGUUCUACUGGGAAUGAUGGAGCUGGGAUUAAAUCCGCAGGAAGCGGUCGACAGACCAAGAGUCACGAUUGGGUCUGGAACCUCCGUGCAUCCAGACGCCGGACUUACACUGGAAGAGGGCCUGUCUCCAGAAGUCAUUCAGGGGCUGGAAGAAAAAAGUCACCGCUUCCGUGGUACUAUUAGAGGCGUGAACAGGCGUAACAUGGGCUCGGUCCACGUCACCACCAGGGGGAGCUGGUGGACAAGAGUUCGAGGACCCGGAAGCUACGCCGAGGGUGACGACGUCUUUCUCUGGUUCGGAAGCGAUCCCCGCUGGGAUGGGGCAGCUAUGGCGUAUUAA